AUGGGUUUUGAGAAACAAAGGCAGAAACUGAAGACGUCCCAACCGAAAUGGGGGGACCAAUUUCCUGCUCGCGAUCGCAGGCCCGGCGAUCAGUCAGUGAUCGCGGAGGCACGUGACAACCCUACCUUCCACUCUCCCACCCUCACCGCCUCCUACGACGCUCGCGUUGCCAAGCUAGACGCGCUCAUUACUCGGAACGGCAUGCACGCCGAAAGCACCAUACAACCACGAAGCACUUUUCUGUCUACUAAGGGUUUGACCAUCGACAGUCUUCUCAAAAAAAGCAAAAGUUUCCAUCACAUCAAGCGCGUUCCCGCUUCGUCAAGGUCUUUGGCGAAAUCGAUCGAGCAGUAUGAAGCAAACGGCAAACCUUUAGUCAUUGAGGGAUGGCAUAACCACAAAAGUUGGGCAAAAUUUACGCUUGAUGGCUUCUGUGAAGCGUCAGGAGAAGAUAUUUCUGUUAGAAACAUUCACGACCGGUCCGACAGAAAGAUCUCACUAUCCGAUUUCAUAACCAAGUCACGUACAACGCCUCAGUUCGCAACUCCAAAAGAAACAGAAAGGCUGUAUUGGAAAGACGCUGAAUGUCCACCAGCGUGGAAGGAAUGGCUGCAAGAUGGCGAUACUAUCCCAGCGCAUUUACUUGUCGAUGGACCGGGCGAUGUAUUUCGUUAUCGACCAAAAACAGAACUUGUGGAAACACUGAUGUGCUACGUCGGAGUGGGUGAUACCUUUACGCCCUGCCACAAAGACCUCUGUGGAUCCUCUGGUCAGAAUUUAAUGUGCUACACGGAAAACGACGGGUCUUCCUUCUGGUUUAUGACAGAAAGUUCAAGUGCUCCUCAAGUAGCUGAUUACUUUCAGAGCUUGAGGCAAGAAAUUGACCACGAGUCUCAUGUUAUCACGAUCGACGAGUUGAGCAAGGCUCCAUUCAAAGUUUACAUCACGGAGCAGAAACUCGGAGACCUGGUUUUAGUUCCCCCCAGAAGCUGUCACCAGGUUGUCAAUUCUGGCGGGAUUACAAUCAAGACAUCGUGGUCAAGAAUGACUUGGAAGGGUUUGUCAACCGCAUAUUACCAUGAACUCCCAAUCUAUCGGAGGGUUUGCCGAUCUGAAACUUAUCGUGUCAAGAGUACCAUCUAUUACACCCUGCUGGGAUUGACCAGAGAGCUCAAUGACUUGCUUGAUCGCAGAAAAUCUCCCAAGUCAUCUAGCACAUCAGGUUCAAUGUCUCGGAGUACGAUCCCAACAACGCCGGGAUAUCCUACUCUUGAGUCCCAACAUGAACCUCUUGGCGCGUCUGAUCCUGGACAUUCGGUGGUAGACCAAUUAAUCGGCAAACUUUCCGAAACACUUUCCCUGUAUGACGCCAUCAUUAGCGACGAAUACUCCCCUCUUUCGUCGAGUACUGACCUAACCGCCCACGAGCGGACCACAUGCGAUUUCUGUGGCGCGGACGUUUUUCAAAGUUUUUUUGAGUGCCGCAAGUGCACAGCUGGCCAGUCUGAAUCGAGUGAUCAUGGUAGCUAUGUUGUCUGUGCAGGAUGCUACGUGGAGGGUCGAAGCUGCAAAUGUUUGAUCAUGGAGCCCAUGCAGUGUCGUCCGUUUGAUGAUCUCUUGAGCGUUCGCAGGCAAACAAUCAAAGUUUUACAGGCUGGAGGCUUACAGAAAGUUGAAUUGGAACCCAACUUUCUCGAAGAUUGUCGCUCGGGAACGUUCCGUGCCGCCCGUCUUCUGCUUAAGAGACGUAAACAUAGCGUGACGAAGACCACGAAAGUCUGCACCAUCGCGAGGGUCCACGAAGACUCGCACACUCUUCCGUUUGCCUCUACGUUGUCAUGCAGAGGAUGCCAUUCCGCAAAAUGCUUCUCGCACAUCCUGGUCGACCAAAGAAUGCAUUCCGCAGAAGCACUACUUUUUCAUGAGUUUGAUGAGACUCAAACUCGGGGUUCCUAUCACCAACGUCACCUGAAUGGAAAGAAAAGAUUCGAGGACGGGAUUUCAAGCCUUCAAACUAAGCAAAAGAAUGGAUUAUGUCCGAAUCUCCAACUCCAAUGCGUGGACAUGGCACUCAAGUAUGGUGCUUGUAGGCCCAUUGCUCCUACCUUUAUGAGUCCCGGUUGGUAUGACACCGUUGUUCAUGUUCCCAGGGCCAUCGAGCACCCAGGAUUUCCUCAAGCUGAUGAACAUCCAGAGAAAUUUUCUGCACCCACACCAAUCAUUCAGCCAGCUUCCAAGUCUUCAACGCAUAACAAAUUUAGUUCUACUUUUCCUCCGGAAAUGGGACGUAGGCCAAACCUUGCUUUUGUGUUGGUCCCACCGGCAUCAUACACCAUCUCUGGGCCAUUGCAUUUCUCAAGCAUUACCAACGCGGCUCCUCAGAUUUCUGACGCGGCUCCUCAGACUUCUAACGCGGCUUCUGCUAUCCAGAAAGAAGGGACGGUCCACCCACUCGACCCCGCCGAAGCCUCCCCACUUAGUGACUCUCCUAAAAGAAAGGGUAAGCGAAAAGCGGAUGACGAAGAUUUUUAUCGUUCUCCAUCCACUGCCCCUGCCAAAAUUAGGAGGAAACGCAGCGUCACGAGUGGCAAUGCAAACAUAGCAACAGGGCACUCUCCCAUAACGGCAGUAACAGACGUGAACUCGACAAUUGAUAGCCCCCUUUCUGAUUGCGAUCUUCGUUCUUGUGCGGAUGUUCAAAUAUUGGAUUCUCAAAUUACUUCUGCACCUAGUAACAGCAAAGGUUCACGGAAGAAAGCAGUACCCCGUGAAACAGCACCAAGGAAGCCUUUAACUCGUUCGGCUACGACUGUCAAGAAGAAGCUUCUUCGACCUCAUGGGGAUCGACAUUUCCCAUCUCAGUUGGCUGACGCCAUGAACUCUGCCAACUCAGGCAACGCGCAGCCGUUAGCAAAAUUUCAGCCUUCGCAUAGUUCAGCAAACGAUUCAACUUCAUCUCCAGGAACCUCUUCACGCCCGAAGCGAGUUAAAGGCAAACGAAUGAUGAUGGAGGUGGAGUCGUCGCCGGAGCCUCUGGAAACACGUACAUCCGAUGUCGCGGAGAACCAACCCACCUCUCAAACGGCGUCAUAUUUCCACCCCGAAGGAGGCGAAUCGGAUGAGGCAUCGAAAAUUCUGACAUCCACGGCUGUGCACGGUGGUGGAAAGAUCAGUACGCAGCAGCAACCUGACAGAUUAGUAGCUCUUGAAAGCCCUCCAUCAGAGGCUGUCCACCCACCAUUAACUUUCCAGCAGCAGCCAGGUUUGCAUACGGUAUUUCAGCUCUCAGAAGAUCAGGGUGGUUCCUCAGCGAACGCAAGCAACGUUCGCAAAUUAGUCGGGCCAGCGACCCCUGUGCACCCUGCGCCUAUAUCAAAUCAGCCCACUCAGCAUGACUCUUCCGGUCUCGUCAACAUGUUGGGCGUAGUGUUACAAGCCAUCGGCGGCGCGUUUGUGUCUAUGCAACUUGAGGACUGUUUCCCAUUAUCCACCUCCCAGCGGUCCCAGAUUCAAUGCAGGUCAGGUCCAAAUACCUUUUACCACCUACCCAACUGGAAACGUCCAAAGUAUUCUUAUCCUGGACUGGACUCGCCUUCAAGAAGACCGAGACAAUCUUCAGAGGAGUAUGGGGCUCGCCGCGAGCUUCAACGUCAGAGAUGGGACAGGGAACCAGAUCCAACGAGUUUAGAAAGCAUGACGCAAAUUCAGCCACACCCAUCCAUCAGGGGUUAUCCUCGUCAUAAUCCUAUGCUUGAGAGUUAUCCAAGAUACGACCUGCGCCCCAUUCCAUCACAGUAUAAGAGGCAGCCCGACGCGAGAUAUAUCCAGCCACACCACGCUCGUGGCCAUCACUCAAAUAACCGUGUGGCUGGAGGUCGUGCACGGCGUAAAACUCAGCCAGCACCAGGGUUUCAGGCUGGGAAUCCAAUGGUGUGGCAACGUCGUUGCGUCUCUGAAAGCGGAGCUCCAAGCUCAGCUUCAAUGAACGAUUUAGUGCGAAGCAUUCCAUCUACCAUGUCGUUGCAGAAUCAGUCCGAGAGAGGUGAUCGCACUCCCAAUGCAAAUUCUUGCGGCACAGCGUCUUUUGAGGAUACGGAAAUCAGAAGUGGUAUAGAGGAACUGCGCGAGCCCUCUCCUCAUCGUUCGGAGGUGGAGGAUCCACAAAUAUGGGAGGACGACUAUGCAAAGGCGGAUGAGGUACAGCAACCAAUGAACAUGCCAGAUGGUGGGGUGGCAAACAUAGAUGGGGCCUCGAGCGCAUCUCCGAACGGGAAACCGUCGUCCCCCCGCACGCAAUCUCGAGCACAAACUCCAUCAGACCUUACGUUCAACGCCUGGGCCUAAGACGUUGAUCACACAUUAUCAUCAUGCAUUUCUACCUCGAGGAAUCGUAUUCAAUGUAUUAUAUUAUAUUAGUAUCUAUGCAACAUACUCUUGUGGAUCUUUCACCUUUUACUACUUGCUCGCAGUAAUUCUUGCCCACAACCGAGAUAAAAAUAUAUUCCAAAAUC